AUGGAAGGUAAUUUCUUUCAUGGAGUAAUUCCAACAGCUUUGAGUUCUUUAAGAGGUAUCCAAGUUAUGGAUCUUUCUAGAAACAAGUUGUCAGGUCAAAUUCCAAAUUUCCUGGAUAAACUCUUCUUGAAGAAUUUGAAUUUAUCCUUCAAUGAUUUUGAGGGAGAGGUUCCUACAAAAGGAGUUUUUGCAAAUGCUAGUGCACUAUCAAUUGUAGGAAAUAAUAGGCUUUGUGGGGGCAUAUCGAAACUAAAGUUGCCUAGGUGUGUAGCCAAUGAAAGGAAGAAAACGAAGUGGCAUCUUGCAAUCAAAAUUUUAAUCUCAAUGGCUUGUGUGAUUGUGGCAAUGAUCAUAGUGUCAUUUUUCUUAUUUACCUAUCGCAAAAAUAGAAGAAAAGAAAACACUUCUGGAUCUUACUUGAGAAAAUCACUUCUGAAAGUGUCUUACCAAAUGCUUCUUAAAGCAACUGAUGGGUUCUCUUCAGCAAACUUAAUUGGUGUGGGUAGUUUUGGCUCAGUGUAUAAAGGCAUCCUUGGUGAGGAUGGAUCAAUUGUUGCAGUCAAGGUACUAAAUAUUCAACGCAGAGGAGCUUCUAGGAGCUUCAUCUCAGAGUGUGAAACCUUGAAAAAUAUUCGUCAUCGAAAUCUUUUGAAGAUCAUAACUUCUUGCUCAAGUGUGGAUUUUCAUGGUAAUGAUUUUAAGGCUCUAGUCUAUGAGUUCAUGCCCAAUGGAAAUCUAGAAAACUGGUUACAUGAUCUGGAAACAGAUUUUGGGCAAGUAGAGAUACAAAAUUUGAACCUUCUUCAAAGAAUAAACAUUGCCAUUGAUGUUGCAUGUGCACUCGAUUAUCUACAUCACCAUUGCCCAAUGCCAGUUGUUCACUGUGAUUUAAAGCCAAGCAACAUUCUUUUUUACUAUGAUAUGAUUGCUCAUGUUGGAGAUUUUGGACUUGCAAAAUUUCUUUUAGAACAAACAAAUCUGAAGCAAAGCAGCUCAAUUGGAAUUAGAGGAACAAUUGGGUACACUCCUCCAGAGUACGGUUUAGGAAGUGAAGUGUCAACCAAAGGGGAUGUCUACAGUUAUGGAAUCUUAUUGUUGGAAAUGAUAACAGGAAAGAGACCUACAGAUAGUAUGUUUGAUGGAGGCUUGAAUCUUCACAACUACGCUAGCAUAGCCUGGCCUAACCAUGUAUUGGAGAUUGCAGACCCAAAACUUUUAAACAAUAAUGAUGAAGUAACUGGCAAUCACAAUUACACCCCAACAAAUAGAACGAAUGAGUGUUUGAUAUCCAUAGUGAAGUUUGGCCUGGCAUGCUCUGUGGAGUCGCUGCAAGAACGAUGGGACAUUAGCAAGGCCAUCUCUGAGUUGCAAUUGGUCAGGGACAUUCUUCUUGGCGCUAGGAUUUACUGCAACAUGCUUGGCCAUGCGAAAGGCUCAUAA